CCGAGCAGCCUCGUCUCCAUCGGCAACCAGGCCUUUUACAGCUGUUCCUCCUUCAUCUCCAUAGACCUCCCUGCCAGCCUCACCUCCAUCGGCGACUUCGCCUUCCGCGACUGCUCCGCCCUCUCCUCCGUCACCUUCCCCGCCACCCUCACCUCCAUCGGCCGCAACGCCUUCGAGGGCUGCUCCGCCCUCGUCUCCGCCGCCUUCCCCGCCGGCCUCACCUCCAUCGGCAUCUGCGCCUUCGCCUUCUGCUCCUCCCUCGUCUCCGUCACCCUCCCCGCCGGCCUCACCUCCAUCGGCAACAGCGCCUUCAACGGCUGCGAGGCCGGCGGGGAAGGUUCACCUCCAUCGGCAUCUUCGCCUUCUCCCGCUGCUCCGCCCUCUCCUCCGUCACCCUGCCCGCGCAGCCUCGUCUCCAUCGGCGACUUCGCCUUCCGCGACUGCUCCGCCCUCACCAGCGUCACUUUCCCCGCCGGCCUCACUUCCAUCGGCAACGCCGCCUUCUCUGGCUGCACCUCUCUCUCCUCCGUCACCCUCCCCGCCACCCUCACCUCCAUCGGCAAGCAAGCCUUCUCCGGCUGCUCCGCCCUCGCCUCCGUCACCUUCCCCGCCGGCCUCACCUCCAUCGGCGACUACGCCUUCGCCAGCUGCUCCUCGCUCGUCUCCCUCGACCUACCCGCCAGCCUCGCCUCCAUCGGCAGCUUCGCCUUCCAAAGCUGCUCCGCCCUCACCAACGUCACCUUCCCCGCUGGCCUUACUACCAUCGGCAGCAGCGCCUUCUCUGGUUGCACCUCUCUCUCCUCCGGGCACGCCACUUUGCCGGAGGACAUCACCACCAUCGGCGAGGGCGCCUUCUACUACUGCUCCACCCUCGCCCGCAUCACCUUCCCCGCCGGCCUCGCCUCCAUCGGCAUCGGAGCCUUCUGUGGCUGCUCCGCCCUCGCCUCCGUCACCUUCCCCGCCGGCCUUACCUCCAUCGGCUGGCGCGCCUUCGAGGACUGCUCCUCCCUCGCCCGCGUCACCUUCCCCGCCGGCCUCACCUCCAUCGGCAAGCUCGCCUUCGCCCGCUGCUCCGCCCUCUCCCGUGUCACCUUUCCCGCCAGCCUCACCUACAUCAGCAGCUGGGCCUUCGAGGGCUGCUCCUCCCUCGGCUCCGUCACCUUCCCCGCCAGCCUCACCUCCAUCGACAGCAGCGCCUUCCUCAGCUGCUCCUCCCUCUCCUCCAUCACCCUCCCUGCCAGCAUCGCCUCCAUCGGCGAGCGUGCCUUCGAAGGCUGCUCCGCCCUCACCUCCGUCGCCUUCCCUACCAGCCUCACAUCCAUCGGCAUCAACGCCUUUUCCGGCUGCUCCUCGCUCGCCGCCAUCACCUUCCCCGCCGGCCUCAUAUCCAUCGACCACGGCGCCUUCCACAGCUGCUCCGCCCUCGCCCGCGUCACCCUCCCCGCCGGCCUCACCUCCAUCGGCGACGAAGCUUUCGCCAACUGCUCCUCCCUCUCCCGCGUCACCUUCCCUGCCGGCCUCACCUCCAUCGGCAGCCUCGCCUUCGACCUCUGCUCCUCCCUCACCCGCGUCACCGUGCCAGACACCGCCACGAUCGGCGACGAGGCUUUCGAA